AUCACACAUUUUUUACCACUAGCAACCCUGAAAAACUGGCAAAAAAUCAGGUUGCAUUGAGCUCCUGAAGCUCCCAAAGAUGCUGGAUACGAGACAGGAAGUUACUUAGGGCUUCGCAUUUCGGUCGUUGAGUUUUAUUUUGAAAGUUUAAAGCGGAUGCUGUAUCGUUGAAUCACGUGAUUUUGACAUUCGUCGUUGAAGCAACAUGGCGAACGCCGGCAGAGUGACCGUUGACGGAGGAGACAUAAUGCGAUACGCUGAAUAUUCUCCUAAAACGAACCCCAGGAGCGACACAGAUACAGACAGACGACUGGGAGGGACUCUGAUCGCAGUUGGUCUCGGUGUGGCUGCUGCAGGUUUUGCGGGCCGCUAUGCAUUCCAGCUGUGGAAGCCUCUUGGGCAGGUCUUCUCUGAAACCGUCAGGAAGAUGCCCUCAUCCGCUUUCUCGUCGUAUUACAAAGGAGGUUUUGAGCAGAAGAUGUCCAAACGAGAGGCCAGCCUCGUUCUCGGCAUCGGCCCAGUCAGCACUAAGGCCAAGGUACGCGAGGCCCAUCGGAGCAUGAUGGUCCUGAACCAUCCAGAUAAAGGCGGGUCACCAUAUCUGGCCGCUAAGAUCAACGAGGCCAAAGACCUUUUGGACAAGGAGAACCGGCGAUGACCUGCACAGUUAACGAACACUUUAAAGAUCUCCGCUCUGUGGCUCUGAGCCAACGUCAACACCAAGGCAUCCACUCCGGCUCCUGGAGGCAAAAAAAUCUGUUUCCUUCUCAGCGUUAUUUAUCCAAAGUUAAUUUGUCAACAUUGUGAACAUAUAAAUAUGUAUGUCAACCAAGGGUGAAGGUUACUGCCUUGAAAUGUCUUGACACAUUCCCAUGUACUCAUUUUGAAUAGUUUAGGUGUUACAGCUGAGGGAACGUCUGGGUGAACAGUCGCCCUCUAGUGGUAGCUGUUGUACAUCAACAAGAAACAGGUUGUAUAAAGUGUACAAAUGGAAGCAUGUGAAGCUAAAAUGUAAUGAUGUAAUCUAUUUAAGGAGCAGGACAAUGUUGCAUUAAAAUAUGUCCAUGUUUUAACAGUUAGUGUGGAAGUGGUGAAACACAUUUUUUAAAAUAAACUAUUUGAAAACAUUUACAGUUUAGAAUGAGUGACUGUGGUUGAGUGAGCUUCAGACAAAUAACAAAAAACACCUCGGACAGCAACUUUAAAAUGCUUCUUUAUUUAGAGGAUGAUGUCAUAUGUAUACAUUAUUGGACAGAGAGCAAGACGCAGUAUUUAGCGGUUACAUUUACAGCAGCAGUUGUUGGUCAAAAACACCAACCAGUCACGGCUUUGCUUAAAAAAAGUGAAAAUAAAUAGAAAAAGGAAUCUGUCCUUUUCUGAUUUCAGUCUGGAUCAGAAAAAAGCGGCACAGGUUUGAUUUUCAUGUCAUGAAGGCAGCGAGCUUAUUUAGAACAGCGAAGUGGUCAGAGCCUCUGGGUCCUUGAAAGAUGUUAAGCAUCAUGGAAACACUAAUGUUACAACUACAAGUCCCACAGACCAUUUCAAGAAACGUCCAGUCAGCCGAACUCGAGUUGAAGUGAAUCUUCUCUAUAAAUCAAUCUCUUCCUCCUUUCUGUGUGUUUCCACUCGAGUAUUCAUUUGGUCAAAUCUGUAAUUGCCAAGAUACAGAGUCCGGGAGAGAAAAUAAUGAAUUUGUGCACAUAAUUCAAUAAUCAAUGCUCUAAAUUGAAUACAUUACAUUAUUUGGCCAAACUCAGGCAACUUAGUUUGUUACUUUUUUCCGGGAUAUAUCCUCGGGUCAUCCUCAUCCUUUGGUCUUAGAAGGCAGAAAUAAAAUAUCUUGUUUAAGGUGCAACAUGCUGUGUCCCCACAUUUAAAGGGGAACCAUAAAGUUCAACUUCAAAGGAGACUCAAUGUAGGAACUUCACUAAUAAUAGAAAUGUUUUACUUUAAGCUGGUUGUUGUUGCUCUUUGGGACUAGUAGCUGUCUCCACAAGUUGCCAUGCUUAUGCUCAUUUGUACAUGUCAUUCAGCCCGUCACCUGACGAGUCUAUGGCGCUGCACACCUGAUAUACUGUGGCUCCGCCCCUUCCUGUACAGGCCAACGAGUUAAUCUUCUGUCGGGGGAGGGAAAUAAAAGGGGGAUGAGGAAGCAAGAAAGCCGAGAGGUUGAGGGAGGCACAGACAGAAACCUUGGUAACCGCGGUAGCACCAUGGAAGCUCCACCCACUUAGGUGAACAAGUGGGAAAAGCAUGGGAAGGCAUGCUGGGAAAGAUGAGGUGGCGUUAGCUGUACAUUAGAAGAAUUCUUAUCCAAACAUUAUUUCACAGUCGAGCUGUCGUCAACAGAGCAUCCAGAGAUAUGAAUAUUAAUAAUUCCAGUAUUUUACAGUUCUACCGGAUGGCGUAACGGCAAAAAAACAGUUGGAGGGCGCUGUUUUCCCAAAGCAGACGGCGGUAGAGCCCUCUCAGUUUCUGCUGAUCGGAGUGACAGGAUCACAUCCAACAUGUCUCCCAUCUUUCAGGAAGGGUAAGCAGUGAGGCUGAUGGAAAGCUGCUGGAAGACAGAAGCAACCGGUCGCAGGUUUUGGUGGAAUUUAAUGAGCUGCCUUUCGUUAAUGAGCUCUGUUUAACGCCGACAGCGGUCCAUUAGCAGUCCUGCGUGGUCCUCUCUAAGUCUUCAUCCUGCUGCCCCGCCGCCGCUGCCUCCUCCUCCUCCUCCUCUUUCUCGCCGAUCACGUCCAGCCGCGCCUCCUGCCCGUUUAGCACCUCCUCCUCCUCGUCAUUAUGAAGCUCCACCUCCUGCAGCUGCAGCCGUCGCUCCUCAACCAGCAGGAGGCGCUCCCUGACACCCUCCGCCGCUGCCGCCGUGUCGCUGGGACUCCCGAAGUACUGCUCAGUCCUGAAACAAGGAUUUUGAGUUAGGAGUCUGUAUCAUAUGAAGUGUGUGUCACAUUAUGGGGAGUCGCCUUCUGAGUGGGCACGAAAAAAAAGGUGAUUGAAUUUUACGCUUAUAAGCAGCAAUAAUCAAUAUCUCUAUAUCAACAAUGGCUCACAUGACUACUUGUAAUCAAACCAGGGGAGUUGCCGUUAUGUGGCACAACACUAACAUUCAGCUACCAAGGCACCGUGCUUUAAGCGCCUUUCAACCAGAGACUCUUGCUGCUCUCAUUGCAGCUGUUUUCAGUUACAAAGCUCUAAAAACCCACUGUAUACAACCUGCUCAGCAC